AUGACGUCCUCUUGCUCGCACAAUACCGCCGGUGAUGGCGAGAAGAAGGAUCAUGUCUCGGCUCAAAAGGAAGCUACUGGACUCGAUGAUGCGAUUGCCACCAAAGACUUGGCUGAACCCUGCAUGAACAGCAGCAGCAGCAGCAAUCAAGCGGAUGUUGUUGUUGACCAACACUCAGCAGAAGAUCGCUCCGAAUCCUUCGUUGCUUCUUCUGCCAACGCUAGGCAUUCCUGCUCGUCGUCUUCGAGUUUUCUAUCUCAGCUUCGACGAACUCCUAGAACGCCAACGGCUAGGUAUUCUUUCGACGAUCAUCAGGAUUAUUUCCAUCGAUUGCAAUGGGAAGCUCUACAACAGAACACUUCAACCGCACAAGAUCAUGUCUUGAAUACUAUGGCCUCGCCAGAUCUCCCCACCUCCGCCACUGGGGAUGUCAGCUCGCCAUCGACCUCAAGCCCCCGCUCAUCUUCAGCCUCGACAGUACUCGGCGACCAAAUUCCAACUCAACCCAAACCUUGCACCCUCCAAUCGAACGAUGCUAAACCUACCCUCUCAUCCCGCAAACGAUCUAACUCGGUAGACGAAACCACCACCCUCACCCCUUGGCAAGGAAGCUUUUCUAAUGGCAGAUACACUUGCCGUCCACGACAUGCUCAUCCAGGUCCACCGUCAAUCUCGGCUUUGCUGAAAAACCCAGCUCAGCAUCGAGGCAAGCAAGCAGGUGGGAGGGCAAGAUCAAACAGUCAUUCUCAUGAUCCCCUUGGUUGGGCGCAGAGGGCAGGCUUCAGUAUCUUUGCUGAUGCAGGCAUUCCGGGGCUCCCACAUCCGGCCGUGUUGGCUGCAGGGAAUCCGAGGCAAGGAGGGGAGCGGGAAAGAGGUGCUUCCGUAGAUGCCAGUGGAAUGCGAGCGAGCGAGUUUGAGAAUACAAUUCAGCCUUGGGAUUCGCCCAGAGUUGCGCGCAGGAGGAGUUUGACUGUGGCAAACGCUGGAGCGAUGAACAAGACACAGGUGAAGGAUGAAGUAGUUCCACCUCUUCCUGUACCUGGUGCUGCUGCUUUCGUCGCUGGUCGAGCCUCGGUCGAUGCUUCUGACCUACCAGCUUCGACCUUUCUCCAAAAGCAGCAAACACGGGCCUCUCAGCCCCACUCCGUCCUCCAAACUUUCCCCAGCGGCGGUGAUGACGACCAUGAAGAACGCUCCGGCAGCACAUCAAAACCUACUUUCAAGGCCUCUCUUGCCUCCAACUACUUUUCUCUAUACUCCGUCUGCGAUCGCACCGACAUGAUCCUCCUCAUCAUCGGCACGAUCGCUGCCAUCGGUUCCGGAGUCCCUCUUCCGCUCAUCGGCAUUCUGUUUGGGCAACUCAUCGAUGGCUUCAAUUCCGCCGGUUGCGGCACAGGCGGUCAACCCACCAACACGACGGCAUUCCUCUCCUCGGUCAACGACAAAGUCUCCAAAAUCGCCAUCAUCGCCGCCGUCAAUUUCUUGCUCAUCUGGACUUACACCACCUGCUGGUCCAACGUGGGCGAACGCAUCGUCCGCAAAAUGCGCAAGCGCUAUCUCCGCUCCGUCCUGCGACAGGACAUGACCUUCUUCGAUACGCUUAAGCCCGGAGAAGUCGGUACGAGGCUCAGUGCGGAUCUGCUUACGAUCCAAAACGGAACUAGUGAAAAGAUGGGUAUUCUCAUCUCUAGCCUCUCUUACUUCGCCACAAGCUACAUAGUGGCGUUUGUUAAGCUUCCCAAGUUGGCCGGACAGUUGGUGUCGCUCUUGCCAGCAUUUGCGAUCGUCAGUGUCUUUGGGUCGAGGUUUGUGGCCAAGGCGCAGAAGAAUACAUCCACCCAUCUCUCCCAUGCCGCGAGUUUGGCGGCGGAAGCACUGAACAAUCUUGCCGUGGUGCAAGCAUUCGGCAGUCAAGCAAGGCUCUCGAAUAUCUAUCAGAGUCAUUUGGAGCUAGCCAGGAAACAAGGGACGAUCAAGGCAUUGGCGGCAGCGCUCGUGAUGGGUUCCUUGUUCUUUGUGGCAUACUCGGCCAAUGCGUUGGCCUUCUUUUCCGGUAGUAACCUGAUUGCCGAGUCAAGCAAGCCUAGUACGGUGGGGUCGGUGUAUACUGUUAUCUUCUUGCUACUCGAUGCGUCGUUUAUCGUUGGACAGAUCGCACCGUACCUUCAGACCUUCUCUGCUGCUUCUGGCGCAGGGCAGGCGUUGAGAGAGACAAUCGCAAAGAAGUCAGAGAUCGACGCAACCGACCUUACUCAAGGCUACACUCCCGCUCCAGGGGACGUCAAGCAGAUCGCACUAGAGCUCAACAACGUUGAAUUCACUUACUCCGCUCGACCAGAGGAGAAAGCGCUUCGUGGGCUUAGCAUCUCCGUCCCAGCAGGACACAGAGUCGCACUCGUUGGCCUGUCCGGAUCAGGUAAGAGCACAGUCGCAUCUCUCAUCCAACGCUUUUACGACCCCACCUCCGGCUCGAUCGCCCUCAACGGUAGCGAUCUGCGCUCCUACAACGUCCGUUGGCUCCGCUCUCAAAUCGGAGUUGUAGGUCAAGAAGCGGUCUUGUUCGAUUCUUCGGUCCUUCAAUCUAUCGCUCACGGUCUUCUCGGUUCGCCUGCCCACGCUCAUCUCCACUCGACACUUGUUCUUCUCUCGCAGGUCAACCAGGAAUCCACCUCAACUUCUCUCUCGGAUCUGCUCACUACUCCAGACCAACUCUCGCAACUGGAAGAAAUCAAAUCGCUAUGCGAGCAAGCCGCCAAGUUAGCCGGCGCACACAACUUCAUCACCAAGCUCCCCCACGGCUACGACACUCAAGUUGGCCAAGCGGGCGGCAAGCUCAGUGGUGGACAAAAGCAGAGGGUUAGUAUUGCAAGGGCGAUUGUCAAGCAGCCGAAACUGCUGAUUCUGGAUGAAGCAACCGCCGCGUUGGAUUCCAGAUCGGAGGAGGUGGUGGCGAAAGCACUGGAUGGGAUUAGUCAAGCGCUUACCACCCUUGCCAUCGCGCAUAGACUGGCGACGGUGAGAGAGUAUGAUGAGAUUGUCGUGAUGGGUGAAGGAAGAGUGUUGGAGAGGGGUACGCAUAAGGAGCUCUUGAAGAAGAGAGGCGUUUAUUACAAGUUGGCCCUCGCACAGGAUACUGGCGCUAGUGGCGAGGCGGAGAAGGCGCCUCGAGAUGGCGGUGAUGGAGAGGAGCAUGGUGUAGAGCAAGGCGCAUCUCAACUCGAAAAGCUUGACAAGAAUCCACCAAGAAGGAUGGACGAUGUAGCUGAACGAGACGAAUCCCAAUCAUCCGCCCCUCCUGUCGACUCUGGUGCUCCUCCUUCUCGCAACUCUACCCAUGGCGAUCUUGCGGAUGGCCAACGCACAUCUCCUUGCAGCACUUCUAGAGAAGGGGAGGAGGAAAAAGUAACUCUUCGCUACCCGCCUCGUCUGAUCCUCGGCCGAAUCCUCUCCCUCGUCCGCUUGGAGUAUGCUUACAUUCUCCUGGGUCUAUUGACAUCGGCCAUCAUGGGUGGCUCCUACUCGGGCGAGGCGGUCCUCUUCGGCCACGUAAUUGAAGCUCUAAACCCCCAAUGUCACUCUCCCUCCUCGGUCAAAUCCUCAGGUCGAGCAUUCGGGCUAUACUUUUUCAUCCUCGCCCUCAUCCAACUCUUGGCCUACUCGAUCAACGGUCUAGUCUGGGGGCUCGUCGCUGAACGACUCCUCUUCCGUCUCCGUCGCGUCUCGUUCAAUGCAAUGCUCGACCAGCGUUUAUCUUGGUACGAUAGCCGAGAUGAAAAGCCAGCAAGCAUGAUCGCCUCGCUCUCGAACGAUGCUAAUAACCUCGGUGGAGUAACGGGCACGGUGAUUGGGACGAUCUUCUGCAUCUUUAUCAACUUGAUUGCUGGAAUCUCUGUUUCUCUUGCUAUUGCGUGGAGGAUUGCAAUAGUCAUUCUUGCACUAGUGCCGAUCAUCCUCGCUGCGGGAUACUUGAGGCUUAAAGUCUUGGCAGACUUCCAGAAACGGCACGAAACGGCGUACGUCAAGUCGAACUCGCUCGCCAUCGAGGCUGUACAAUGCAUCAAGACGGUUGCUAGUUUGGGCCGCGAGGAGGAUGUGAUGGGAAAGUUCGAACGAUCUCUAGAGAAACCUUACAAGGAAUCGAUGCGACACUUUCUGUUUGGAAACGUAUUCCUAGCACUCGCACUGAGUAUAAGCUACUUCAUCUAUGCAUUCGCAUACUGGUGGGGUAGUCAAAACAUUGCAGAAGCAAGGUAUAGCCAGACAGCAUUCUUCAUCGUCUUGCCCGCGUUGCUGUUCAGCGCACAGGCAAGUGGACAGUUGCUAGCAUUCGCUCCUGAUUUCAGUAAGGCUCAUGUUAGUGCUGCCAACUUGUUUAGAUUGAUGGACCAACGCCCUUCUGCUCUGGCACAACGAGAAACACUGGCACUCGAGAAGAAGGAGGGGAGUCAGCACUGCAAGCAGUUGAAAGAAGAUGAGGAACAAACUCCCGCCCAGCACAGCGAGGGUAGGGAAGAUAUCGUGCAAAACAAAGCACCAUCAACGGUCGAGUUCGACAAGGUCAGCUUCACCUAUCCCACCCGCCAAGAGCCGGCGCUGAAGCAAGUUAGUUUCAACAUCCCACCAGCAACCUUGGCAGCAUUUGUUGGAGAGUCGGGUUCCGGUAAGACUACAGCUAUGUCUCUGAUCGAAAACUUCUACACUCCCUCCAGCGGUACUAUCAAAGUGAACGGUCUCGUCACAAACAAAACUCCCGACCAAAUCUUGAGAAGAGACAUGGCAAUUGUCCCACAAGAACCAGUGAUAUUCUACGGAACAGUGCGAUUCAACAUCCUACUCGGUCUCCAACCCGACCUUUCCACUUACCGCCCCACACCCAGCCUUUCCUCCAACAAACGUCGUCGAUUGUCCCCCGCACAGAAGCAAGAUCUGGCAGAACAAGAGCAACUACUAGCACCCUACCGAGAAGAUACGAGCUGGCAAACGUCGAUCCCAGACUCUGUCAUCCAUUCUGCAUGCCAAGCAGCUGGAAUUCACGACACCAUCAUGUCCUUUUCCAAAGGUUACGAAACCCUCAUCUCUUCCUCCCAACUCUCAGGCGGUCAGAAACAAAGACUGAGCAUCGCAAGAGCAUUGGUCAGGAAACCAAGAUUAUUGUUGCUGGAUGAAAGUACAAGUGCAUUGGAUAGCCAAAGUGAACAAGCCUUCCAAGAGACACUACAAAGGAUCAAGGAGGAGGGAAAGUGUACCAUUCUAGCUAUCGCGCACAGGAUGAGAACGAUCAAAGAUGCCGAUAUCAUCUUUCUCUUCAAUGGAGGCCAAGUCGAAGCGAGUGGUAGCUAUGCCAGCUUGUUGAGAGAAAGUGAAGCCUUUAGAGCUAUGGUCAGCUAUCAGUCGCUCAACUGA